AUGAGUCCUAAAGAUGGAGUCUUAUGGAAGGCUCAGCAAAAUCUUCUGAGCUUUAUGAAGCGAUGUUGGAGCAUUAAGCAUUUGAAGGAGAUCCACGCUCGUAUAAUCCACACUGGGUUUCAUCACAACCUCCUUCUAGUCGGAAAGAUCAUAGAGUUUUGUGCCGUAUCGGAGCAUGCAGAUAUGGAUUACGCUCUCUCCGUUUUUGACAACAUUCAUAAGCCCGAUGCAUUCAUCUGGAACACCAUGAUUAGGGGUUUUGGGAAGACUAAACAACCAGAAAAGGCCAUUCAUUACUACAAGAAAAUGCAGAGAAAUGCUUACGUGGCACCAGACACUUUCACCUUCUCUUUCGUUCUUAAAAUUACUGGUGGAUUGGGAUCAGUUACGUUGGGGAAACAACUGCAUUGUUCCAUCCUUAAACUUGGAUUUCAAACUCAUACUUACGUUAGGAAUUCGCUCAUGCAUAUGUAUGGUAUAGUCACUGACAUAAAAACCGCACACCAACUGUUCGAGGAAAUUCCAAACCCGGAUUUAGUCGCCUGGAACUCUAUCAUUGACUGUCAUGUGUAUUGUAGAAACUAUAAAGGAGCUCUUGGUAUCUUCAUCAGAAUGCUGCAAACUGGCAUGCAACCUGAUGAUGCCUCUUUGGUAGUGACCCUCUCAGCAUGUGGUGCAAUUGGAGCACUGGAUUUUGGGAGGUGGAUUCAUUCUCUCAUUCAAGAAGAUACUAAGCUUUGUGACAUUACAUCAGUUUCCAAUUCCCUGGUUGACAUGUAUUGCAAGUGUGGAGCAGUGGAAGAAGCCUCUGAGAUUUUUAACAACAUGAAGGGGAAGAACAUAAUUUCGUGGAAUGUUAUGAUUCUUGGGCUUGCAUCACAUGGUAAUGGAGAAGAGGCGUUAUCACUUUUUACAAAGAUGUUACAAGAGAAUGUGGAGAGACCAAAUGAUGUUACAUUCUUGGGUGUGCUAAGUGCUUGUAGCCGUGGGGGAUUGGUUGAUGAAUGUAGAAGAUAUAUUGAUGUUAUGGGCAAAGACUAUCACAUCCAACCCACUAUAAAGCACUAUGGGUGUAUGGUGGACCUUUUGGGUCGAGCUGGUUUAGUUGAGGAUGCAUACAAUUUGAUAAAGAACAUGCCAGUAGAGUGCAAUACUGUUGUAUGGAGGACUUUGUUAGCUGCAUGUCGACUUCAUGGAUGUGUUGAACUUGGUGAGAAGGUAAGAAAACAUCUGUUGGAAUUAGAACCAGAUAAUAGCAGUGAUUAUGUUCUUCUUGCGAAUAUGUAUGCUACCACAGGUCAAUGGAAUGAAAUGAGCAAAGAAAGAAGAUCAAUGCGGGAAAGGAGAGUUCAGAAACCAGAGCCCGGAAAUAGCUUCAUUGGCAUUCCUGGAUUGAGGUUGGAGAAAGAGACUAUUGAAAGGUAGUUAUAACAAUAGCACAAUUUUUUUCCUUUGUACAUAAAUCAACACAUGACAACAGCAUGGAUUGAAGAUGUCAACUGAUAGAGUCAAUGAAGAUUUAGAAGAUUCUUUUCCUUCAUUCGAAGCCUCUUAAUGCAAAUCGUAUGUCAGUGUUUAGCAUAGGAAGAGUCAACGACUUGAUGCUGCAAACACCAUCAUCGUCUUCCAUCC